AAAAUUGACGAGUUAAAGAAACAGGUGAGCGAUUUAACAGCGACAAACGAAUUUCUGCUUGAUCAAAAUGCUCAACUUAGGAUGUCUGGCAAGCGGACUGCUAACGUGACAGCCGUAACAGUACCAGCUGUAACAAUAACAAAUACAGUCCCCCCAUCUCAAGCACCAACACCUCAGCAAAUGGUGAAUGCAGCAGUUGCAGCGGGAACUCUGAGAACAGUGACAGCGAGUGUUGCCACUGUUCCCGUCAGCAUUGCAACAGUAACUCCAGUUUCAAUUGCUGCUGUAUCAAUGGCUCCUGUAUCAAUACCACCACCAAUUGUUACAAUGGCUCAGCAGACGAUAACAAUGAGUGGAUCUGGACCACAGCCUGCCAAUCAACAGCAACCCAACUCCCAACAAUCUGCAAGCUUACCACUAUCAAUAUCUGGUGCUACAGCACCCCUCGUUUCUUACCCCAUCAUGACUCAAGAGCUCAGGCCUGUGUUACAAUGAAAUUAAAUAACAAGCGUAUUCACAAGGUGAAUUCAAAUCUAUUACAUAUUUUCAUUACAAAAAGGGACACAACUGUUAAUGAGACAUCUCAAAUACUAUUUUUUAUACAAGUUCUGAAAUGAUCUUGUGUCGCGGUGAGUGUGCACCCUAUCUCCAAGACAUUGCAAUACUAUACUCAUAGAAGGGUGGGGUAAUAUGGAUACAGUUUUCAAAUAAUUUUUUAAAUUGCACAGGAUAUUGCCGAAAUUUCAUUUCGUUGAUAUUAGAAUGUAUAUUAAGCACUAUCGCUAACAUGAGACAGUGUCUAGAUAGUCUUAGGGGGAGGAAAAAACUCUCCAAUGGACAUCUUAAUUCCCCUCGAUUUGGAUAUAUUCGUGGAAAAUUCAUUUUCAAAUUCAGUUCAGCAGUUGAGUGGUAAAUGGGAAGUUCCGCUAUGUAAGAAGUUACAGAUAAAAUUUCCAUUUUACACCACCCUUCCUGCAGUUUCAUAGUGUCUGUAUGAAGGCAUGAGUACAUUUGUCUCAAAAAACAGUUCAUACAAAUGUAUCAUAUAGAUUUUUCUACAAACCUACUCUAUACAUAGCUAUAUGUAUUGAGAAAAACGGUAAUUUCCAAAAAUACCUCUGCCUUUUUAUGAGUGAAUUAAAGAAUAUGUUCUAAAGCUAUAAUAGUAUAUUCAUAUACAAUCACGGAAAAGUGGUUUUGGGACUCACAAGUUAACAUUAUUAUUUCCUCAAUCUUCCACUGGAAGGAGACCUAUCAGGCAACUUAUCUGCGGUUA